UUCGUUUUCCGUGAUUUGACGCACUCUACCGAGCAUGUCAUCUCCGCCGCGGGGGAACAACAGAAGGAAAACUACGUUAUAGAAAAAUAAGUUUGUCAUGGAGCAGACAGUUGAUACUAGGGUAAUUAAUACCAAUCACCAGGAUGUGAUUCUUGAUGUCGCGUACGAUUUUUAUGGACAACGCAUGGCGACGUGUUCGGCGGACCAACAUGUAAAAAUAUAUGAUUUGGAUGAAUCCACCAAGGAAUGGGUUCCCGUUGCGACAUUCAAAGCCGGAGACGCAAGUGUAUUGCGUCUAAUGUGGGCCCAUCCAGAAUAUGGACAAGCAGUCGCGACAUGCAGUUUGGACCGUACAGUACGCAUAUUCACCGAACAAGAAGCAGAAGCAGACACGAAGAAAUGGGUGGAAAGUGCUAGAUUAACGGAUGCCCGAAGCUCUGUAAUGGAUAUUUGCUUUGCUCCUGUCCGUCUGGGCUGUAAACUGGCAACAGUAGCUGCUGAUGCUACUGUUCGUAUUUACGAAGCCAUAGAACCUGGAAACAUGGCAAGCUGGACACUGCUAGAAGAGUUUGGCUUAAUGAAAAAUCCACCUUCUCGCAAUGUCGAGUGUUCUUUCUGCGUUCGUUGGUGUCCCUCUCGUUGGCACAACCAAAUGCUUGCCGUCGGUUGUAUGGACCAAGUCCUGCUGUAUUCAUAUAAUAGAAAAAACAAGUGGACAAAGGUCGGCUCACUUGAUGGUCACACAGACUUGGUUCGCGACAUCGCCUGGGCCCCAAGUCUCGGCAAAAAUUACCAUCUUGUUGCUACCGGCUGCAAGGAUGGCAGACUGCGUCUAUUCAAGUUGAAUCGCAACUUUGAGUCCGCUGUUCAGCCAUACCUCAUGACCGACAGCGUGUCUGAAAACGAAGAUGGAGAAAUGACAAACUCAAAUGUUGAAGCCGAAGAUGUGGAAGUUGAGCUUGUUGGAAACUACGAUCAUUUCAAGAGCCAGGUCUGGCGUUGUGAAUUCAACGUUACAGGCACCAUCUUGAGCACCAGUGGCGACGAUGGAUGUGUGCGUCUAUGGAAAACAUCAUAUGCCAACCAGUUUAACUGCAUUUCCGUUAUAUCUCUUCAACGAGAGAACAAAUCAUUUUCUAGCAAUUAACUUUGGAUGUCGAUUGGGCAACGGCAACGUUAGACCCUUGUUUAAUGAUUGUAAAAACAUAAAGAGAAAGGUUUAAUAUUAACAAGACAUGACAAAAUCAUGUUUUCGAAAAGGAGUUUCUCAUAACGAAGCUUUUAUUCUCCAUCACAUACUACUAAUUUGAGCUGAUAAAGAAUGUUUAUAUUGUUAUAUCAUGUGCCUUGCCAGAACUAGUUUAGCAGUAAUUAAGGCGGAAGAUGUCGUUCAAAACAAAGUAGUUUCCGUUGUCGUUGACA